AAAACCAGAGAGACUUGGAAAAGAAAGGGCUACAGCUAUCGGGUGAACUACCGCCGGCAGACGUAAAGGCAAACCUUCUUGAGAAAUUCUCCGAUGCCUCUUCCAAGCAAGGCAGAGGUCAACAAAGGAAAAUAAGCAGAAAGAUGAAGGACAAGAUUCUUCUUCAUCUCCUGGUGUUGACACUCAUUCUGGAUGACUUCAGUGUCGACUGCUCCGUUCUGCAGCAGGAUCUGAAACUUACCACAAAGAAGUUAAUGGAGAACUUUAAGUCCCUCGGUUGCCGAGUGUCCAAGUUGGGAGUGAAGAGAAAGUCUGGUGUCGAGGAUGAUACUACAGUUGAUACACACUCCUGCUCAGCUGUCCUCAGAAUCCCUCUUGAGUUCCCCAGACCAAGGAAGGGACGCAAGAAUAAAUAAUAAAGUCAGAGCCUUUGCGAAACUGUGGUGCUCUCUGGAGGUUGUGUUAUUAUGUUGACUUGUUUUGUUAGCAAAGUGUAAGCAAAAGAGAAGCAGAUUUUUUAC